AUGACAGCAGCGACGGCAGCUCAUAUGCCGGAAACUAUUAAGCUACAAUUGCGCAAACCAAAGAGCUGGCAUUGGGAGUUGUCGACUUCGAAAUCGUCGCCAAACAUCGUACUUCCGGUCAUCCAAUUAUACGAUUACAAAGGUCAACUCUUAGUUGAAGCAAAGGAUCAAGGCAAUACCGUCAGAAAUAUUUGGGGUUCGAAUCUGGGCCUUAGCGAGGAUGGUAGAAGUGGAAGUUCGAAGAGGAGCAGACGACUGCUAAGGUCCAGAAGCGACACGUCGAAUUUUCUAGUCUCGCCGAACACAAAAACUUCCACAGUUUCUAUAAAUCCGCAAGAGAGGAAACGUCCAACACAAAGAGGCGAUAACUCGGAGAAAGUCGAGACUUCCAAAGAAGGUGGAAAGGAUCAAAGAAGUUAUGCCGUGAUCCGAGAAAAUGGACGUGGAUUUUGGGGACAUAGACGGGACAAGGGGGUGGUUGUCGACGAAGGGGUUAGAACAAAUCCAUUAGAGAAGUCGAUGAGUGAAUCGUUGGGCGAGAAAAGAGGUCAUUUAUCGCUGUCAAAAGGCGUAGAAAGGAGUAAGACGGCGGCGGAAAUGGGGGAACGAAGGAGACAUCGCAGAUCCAAAAGCGACGAUCUUUUUAGAAGGAAAUUGAGAUACAACAGCAGUGAGGAGAGCAUAAAGCGUGCCGAAAUGGACGGCUACAGGAAUUUUAUCACCGCCAACAUUCCAGACGACGAAAGUCAAAUCCGGACGGGCAAGCGGGAUGGUGAUACGACGACGGGCAGAAGCAAAAAACCGAGCAGGAAUAGGAAUAGGGUUAUGCAAACGGCAGAAACCGUUUCUCUAGAUACCGGGGCGAGGAAUAUGGAACUAGAAGAAUUUCUCCACAAUAAACGUUACACGACAAGAACAAGCAGCGCUGGGACGCUUAUAAUUCCGGAAGAGAGUUUCAAAGAAAUCGGAGACGAUGUCCAGAAACGCCGCCGUAGAAGACGCCGUGAUGCAAAUACUAUUUCGUCGUUGUUAGAGGCGGUCGUCGAGAACAAAGAGAAAAGACGUCUUGAAGCUGUCCCACUAGCAACAACGUCGUCUUAUCCAGUGUUGGUCAACAAAAACGAUGCCGAGAUUUCGGUUGAUUCUGGACCACGUACUUUCCAAACUAAAGGGAAUAAAAGACAUACCAGACAAACCAGCGAUCCCACGGCAUUGCUCACUAAAUGCGCUAGUUUCAAUCGAUCACAAGCGUUCAAAGGAGCACAAUCGACUGAG